AUGCGGAGGACGCGCUCACCGAGCUCCCCGUCUCCAUUCCGGGCUCUGGCCCAUCACCAGAUGGCAAAUGCGGGAUCCAACCCGCGUGAUAAUGUCUCCCUCAUUCGUUCUUUCAACAAUGAGAACAACCCCUCGCGGCCGAUGCGACCAUCACCUCUGACAGCGUCAGUCAUUCGCGAUAUGCCACAAGACCUCGUCGACCGCAUACGCUCGUUCCCGUUAUUCUUGUCGGCGCCCGAGGAAUUCCUCCUGGAGAUUGGGAACAACUUGAAGCCACAGAUCCACGCGAUGAACGAUCACAUCAUCACAGAGGGGGACGAAGCCAAGGCCAUGUACUGGCUUGUGCGCGGUGUUGUUGCCGCCACCUCCCGCGAUGGCGAAGCGGUCUACGCGGAGCUCAAGCCUGGCUCGUUCUUUGGCGAGAUUGGCGUUCUCAUGGACGUCCCCAGGACGGCAAACAUCAUUGCGCGUACAAAGUGUCUUCUCCUGGUCCUCAAGAAAGAGGACCUGCAGGCGGUGAUGCCCAAGUUCCCCGAUAUGGAGAAGGAGAUUCGGCAAGAGGCGCAGGAGAGGUUGAACUUACUGAAGAAGCGACAUCAGGAAGUGGGAGCCAAGAACCAGCCUCCUUCAGGAGAUAUAUCGGCGCGCUCGAUGGCUCCUGGUGAAGUCUCGAAAGGGGAAAGCGGUUCAUUCAGGGACGGUGCCGUCAUCAAUUCGAAGAAGCGCAAAUCACCGAGUCCGGGGAUCAUCGAGGAUCCCUCGGCGGGUAGCGCAAUUGGCAGUGGCUACGUACAGAUCAGGAGAACAUUGAAGGAGUUACCGUUGUUCUCGGCGUUGCCGGCGGAUACUCUUCACUUCCUGGGGCUCAGCGUCCAACCGCGCGCAUACCCACCUUUUACGGACAUUGUUCAUCAAGGAAGCUCGGGAAAGGAGAUUUACUUCCUCGUAAGAGGGGAGGCAGAGGUUAUUCACGAGCCGCCAAAGGAACACGCAGCCGAAGGGCUCAAGAGUCUUUCCCAGAUUCAGAAGCGACCGAGACUGAAGGAAGGACAGUAUUUCGGCGAGGUCAGCAGCUUGGGUCUGGCCCCUGGACGGACAGCCACUGUGCGUUCCAUCACAACUGUGGAAUGCCUCAUGGUGCCCGGGCAUGUGCUCGAUGAGCUCUGGAAGAGAUGCCCGCCGACCAUCAGGUCGCAGGUUGAAAAGACGGCCCGUAUGCGGUACACUGCAAAGGACGACGAUAUCGAGAUGGCGGACUAUGACAGGAGGGAAAAGCUUAGCAAGUCUGACCCCCCGACACCCACAUCGCCUCACCGAUCGGGACCGCAUGUAAUCUUCACGACACCAUCCAAGCCGGGGUCACCCGCGAAAGAUGAAUUUGACAAGAUCGAGCACAAGGACCCUGACCCGUUCUUGAGCGUGGACAUGGAGAACUUGCGGAACAGGAGGAGGCACUCCUUGGCACCACCGACAUCUACAGGCGAUGCAACAUCACCACUGAGCAAUGGUAGUCGAUCACUCGCCGCGGACACGUAUUCCAAUAAGUCCUCCGGGGCUGAUACACCGCCAGAUGCCAACAUGCCCGCCAAGCGUGUCAAAGUCUUGCCUAGGCGACCUCACAAGCUAGCCAAGCCCACCCUGUCAGACGAACUCUUGGUGAGGGUCUUCUCAUUUGCGGACAUUGGAGUUCUCUCCCGGCUUUGCCAGAUCAGCAGUCACUGGCAGAUGCUUCUUAAAACAUCACCAGACAUCUGCAAGAAUGUUGACCUGUCGUUAUACAACCGCACGGUCACAGACCAGGUGAUCGUGCGCACACUGGCAUCAUUUAUAGGAACACGUGCGGAAGUCGUUGACCUCAACAACUGCUUCCACCUGUCUGACGAGGGGUUCUCAACGCUAUGGAAGACGUGCGGCAAGAACGUCAAGCGAUGGAGGAUGCGGUCCGUUUGGGAUGUUUCGGCGAGCCAGAUUCUUGAGAUGAGCGAGAACGCGAAGGGACUGGUCGAGGUAGACUGGAGCAACUGUCGCAAGGUUGGCGACAACCUGCUGGGCCGUGUCGUUGGCUGGGUAGUACCCGAGCCUCCGCCUGCCAACCGGCAAGUCAUCACGUCGAGCUCCAACACCAACAACGGCAACGGAAACAAGGCCAAGACUCGGGCGCAGGCUCAGCACCAGCAGAAAAUGCAACAGGCUCAGCAACAGAGGCAAGCCAACAUGCCUCCGCCAGGCACUGUGAUUGGAUGUCCCCAACUCGCGCAGCUCAAUCUUUCCUAUUGCAAGCACAUAACCGACCGCUCAAUGGCUCACUUGGCCGCUCAUGCUUCGAACCGCCUGGAGUCGCUGUCCCUCACACGAUGUACCUCCAUCACCGACGCAGGCUUUCAGAGCUGGGCGCCUUUCAAGUUCGAGAAACUCUGGAAUUUGGGGCUUGCCGACUGCACGUAUCUGUCCGAUAAUGCGAUUGUGGCGCUGGUCAAUGCUGCAAAGAACCUGACGCACCUGGACCUUUCGUUUUGCUGCGCGCUCUCGGAUACAGCAACAGAAGUUCUUGCUUUGGGACUGCCUAAGCUCCGCGAGCUUCGCAUGGCCUUCUGUGGCAGUGCCGUUGGCGACGAAAGUCUCCAGAGCAUUGCGCUGCAUCUGAACAACCUUGAAGGCAUUAGUGUGAGAGGCUGUGUUCGCGUCACCGGCACGGGCAUCGAGAGUUUGCUGCGGAACUGCCCCAAGCUGAAGUGGAUUGACGCAAGCCAGUGCCGCAAUUUGGAAUCCUGGAUUCGCACGGGCGGUGUUGAGCGUUGGGGCUACGAUGACCGCUGUGGCAAGCUCCCCGAGCCGCCAUCUCCGACGGAGAGCAGACCGUCAAGCAUGAGCGUUGCGCCGUUGACAACACCAAAUUUUGGAGGAAUCGAGUUUGCCAGGUGGCGACAAAAGCGACCUGUGCGCGUUCGCCAGGGCCCUGCGCGCCUGGCGCAGCGUCUGCCCGAGCUGUCGAGGACAGCUUUCCGACCGGCCGUGCGCAACUUCCAUUCGGCCAAGCCAUCGCAGCGCAUCGGCGCCAGCUUCUUCACCUCGCGCAUCACCGCCCAGACUGCCCGCAAUGCGUUUCCAAAGCAGGGCGCCCGAUUCUACCAGCAGCAAUUUGGCACCGCGGCCGCGCCCAACCGAACGCGGCAACUGCUGGUGGGCGGCGCCAUCUUUGGAGGAACCCUCGUGGCGAUCAACAUGGUCUUCAACCGCGAGACCCGCGAGGACGGCGGUAUGCCGCUGUACGAGCGCGAAUACCUCAACAACACGUUCCUGCACACCGGCCUCGGCAUCGGCAUCAUUGGCCUGACGGCGAGGCAGAUGAUCAACACUGGAUUCGUGUACCGCAUCAUGGUGACGAACCCAUGGGUCGUGGGUCUGGGUGGUCUGGCUCUGAGCUUCGGUACGAUGAUUGGCACCCGAUCCAUCAGCCCUGACAACUACGUCCCCAAGUACGCUCUCUGGACUGCCUUCAACGCCACACAAGCCGCCCUGAUCGCCCCCAUGCUCAGCAUGGUGCACCCUGCCCUCCUGGGCCGCGCUGGUCUCUACACCGUGGCCAUGAUGGGCGCCAUCUCGAUCGUCGGUGCCACCGCCAAGCAGGAGAAGUACCUCUACAUUGGUGGUCCCCUCCUGGCUGGCGCCGCUCUGGUGAUGGCCUCUGGCUUCGCUCCCAUGCUCCUGCCCGCCACCGCCGUCCGCACCCUCGCGUUCACCGAGAACAUCUGGCUGUACGGCGGUCUCGCCGUCUUUGGUGGCUUCACCCUGUACGACGUGCAGAAGAUCCUGCACCACGCCCGCCUUGCCGAGAGGGGAAUGAUGCGCAAGGACGCCGUCAACGAGAGCAUCUCGCUCGAGCUGGAUUUCUUGAACAUCUUUAUCCGCAUGGUGCAGAUCUUGGCCAUGCAGAACAACCGCAAGUAG